AUGCGCUACGCACUCGCCGCCUUCGGCAUCAUGGUUUCGGCCGUGCUUGCUGCCCCUAUGCGUUCCGAUCAAGGCGUCGCCGCUCGCGAUACUGCGAAAACCAGCGGCAUGGGCGGCAUGGACUGGAAUGAUUGGGGCUACCAGAACUACGACGAUUGGAAGAACAAGGGUGGAUGGAAAGAUUACGGCGACUGGAAGUCGUGGGCUGAGAAGGCAAGUCGUCGAGGGAGUUUGAACAAGAAUGGGUACCAGUGGUGGCGCAAGAUCGGCGGUAACAAUGACAACGACUGGAAUCGCUCGGGCAUGGACUUCAACGACUGGUUUAAAAACGAUGGGUAUAAGAAAGACUACUGGGGCAAGGACGACAGCGACGAUGAUAACAGCGACUGGUACCAGGACAGCACUGGCCAAGGCUGGCACAAAGACUCCAUGGGAAAGUGGGACAAGGAUGAUGAGGAUGACACCUCAAGCUGGGGUAAAACGGAUACGGAUGAUGACAAGUCAAGCUGGGGUAAAAUGGAUACAGAUGAUGACAAGUCAAGCUGGGGCAAGGACUCGAAGGAUUCAUACGAUACCGGCUCAAGCUGGGACAAGGACGACAAGGACGACGAUUCGGACAAGACGUGGUAUAAAGACUCGACUGGGCAGGGAUGGCACAAAGAUGAAUCGACCGACAAAUGGGAGAAAGAUGACUCGGACGACAGCGGAAGCUGGAAGAAGGGAAGCGACGGAAAAUGGUCUAAGAGCGGAUAG